GACGUAUCAUUAAUAUCGAUGAAAACUGUCGUUUCGCUUUUUUCUUUUCUAUACCUCGUUAGAGAACGAAACUUCGUAUACACCUAUACUAUCGCGGUUAGCGUGUUUUCCUCGCUUUUCAUUUUCUCCUGCAGCUGCGCUCGAGGAUGUACAUUGGAUUUUCCGCCUCUAAUUAAACGUGUGUGUUUUUUAAACAAUCGGCUCCGCUGCAAGUUUGCAUGAAUAAACAUAAUAGGGCCGCGCGAGCGACGAGGGGGCAUGUAUAUUAUAUAUGCAGACACACGCGAAGAGUAAUAAACACGACUGUGUGUUGCGCGAAAAAUUCUUUUCCGACUUUCUCACCCCCGCUUCACACAGUAUUCGCGUGAAAAACAGGGUUCCAACUAUAUAACGAAAUAUUUUAUAUCGCCCGAUGCUAGAGCGUGCCUGAUGUAACAAAGAUCCGUCCUGAUAUUUUAUGUUAAUUGUCGGAAAAUGGAAAUACGUCUCUCGUGUGCGCGAAAUUCGAUUCGACGCGGAAUCAUAGCAGCACAUGCGCGCAUGUUUAACGCUGCUUUCUUGCGCAGCGUGCGCGGAAAGCCAAAUAAGCCUUGAUUUAUUCCUAUAUCUCAGAGCUAGCGGAAUCAGCAAUUUAUUUUAUUUCAUAAAAGCCGCGGAGAAAGUGAAAACAAUCACAAUAAGGAUGCAAUAUAGAAAGCUUGAAGAACAGGCUUUCGUUGUCAUUUUUUUUUUACUUUACUUUACUUUACUUUACUUUUUUAUUCUUGCGUCGCCAGCUUGUAUUAUGAUAAGCAAAACGGAACGAUGCUUCCUUUAUUGCUCUCUCGCGCUGCGCUCGCGAGAGUAUAUAUGCAUAAAGUUUUUUUCUCGCUUCGUGCUUACGCGAUAUAAAACGCCGGAUUCGUCGUAACGAGGCUCGCUUGAUGUAUGCGAAUUACUGCGGAUAAUGGGAACAAAACGCGAGCGAACGCACUGCUAUCGCGAAUAUCGUGCAAAAAUAUAAUGCGUUCUCUCGCGGCAUUACGUCGUUCGUUAAACAGCAAAUUAAUAUAGCAUACUUUGCUGGCUGAUUAAAGCCGGAAAAGACGAAACUCACGGCGUCGAGGAUGAUCCUUCCAUCCCGAGAGACGAGCUCUCUGUGGCUAAUUUUAAUCAGCCCAGCCUCGCGGCACCGAGAGAGCAGUGCGCUAACAAUGAUGUCACACGAGUAAACUAUCCCAGCGCGCGAACUUGGCAAAAGUUGCCAAAGUCAAUAGACGAGUAGGGAGAGGAGGAGAGCGAGAGAGUUGCGCAAUAAGUUUAGCGCGUUAGCUAGCGCGAAAUUGAAAAAGAGCGGAUCGUCGGAGUACAUCCGCUCGAAGGAGCGCGCGCGUACGUGCGUGUACACUUAAGAGUCCCGAAGCUCCGACGAUCGCGUGACUAUACACCUGCGAGCGAGCGAGCGAGCGAGAGAGAGAGAGAGAGAGAGAGAGAGAGGAUCCCCACUAUAUGCAUGACCGAUGGGCGCUCGGUCUCGCGCGAGUAUAGCAUCGCACCGGACGCUAUGGCUCUCAGCUGUGCCGCUGCUGCCUGUGCCUCAGCUUGGCCAGUCUCCGUACUAUAUACAUAUAGCAUUUCCGCGAGGCUCGUUAACAUAUAAACGCGCGUAUAUGCGCGCAUCUACGUACACGAGUUACACAGUGCUGUAAAGUGAAGUUGACCAGCGCAGCAACGGAGUAUAUUGUAUACCGGAGCAGCAAGUGGCUCUCGGCGCUGCUGCUGCUGCUGCUGCGAGAUACGCUCGGACUACGGAAGCAGCAGCUAUUGUCUGCGUCUGACUCGCGCUCGACGACGGUAAGUUUAUUUUCCUUUGCGCCGGGAAGCGCCGCGCAUAUACUUACUCGCCACUACUGCACUCGGCCAGCUGCAAAGUGCGCCGAUCCGGGGAGAUGCGCAUCACCUGUCGUGAGAGAGAGCACAGGACCUUGCCAGCACCGACCGAUGAGAUUCGACCAAGGGCAACAUGAAGAGGAUUGUCCUGCUGCUGUUUGUACUUUCGGUAUCGAACGAGGCCGAGGCUCUUCCCCAGCUGAUCAUACCCGUCCAAAAUUCUUCGCGAUCGGAGUCGGGCUUCUACGUGCAACGGAAAAUCUUGACGCACAGAAACUUCGCUGCGAGUGGAGAUGACACCGCCGGCAGGACGGAUGCGGGAAAAAUCAUUUUUCCGUCGGACGACGGAGACUUCCCGACGCCUCAGUUUCCGGUUCGUCCGCACUCCGGCUGCGAGAACUCGACCUUCUGCGAGAACACGCCCAACUAUCCCAAGGAGUACCUGCAAGCCGCUUUGAGGACGAACAAGGAUCUCAAGUUCUUCUCCAGCGAUGAUCUGGUCCUGCCCGACGUGCUGGUGCAUCGAGUUAACGCGCUGCCCGACGACGAUGCUCCGCUCUGCGAGGCUACCGAGAAGGUAGUGUAUCCGAAGGUCGCCCAGAGCAAGGAUAAGGAGUGGCUGUUCGUCGUAAAUCAGGAGGGCUUCUCGCAGGGUGUACGGGUGGAAACAUGCGGGAAGGAGAACAACGCGUGCAACCUCAUCGAGGGCUUCGCGGAGGGCUACAAGACCGUCUGCAAGCAGAAAUACAUCUACAGGCAGUUGGUGGCGCUCUCCACGAUCGGCCAGCUGAAGCCGGAGAAAUUUCGAUUUCCCGCGAGCUGCUGCUGUCACAUCAAAUUCACGGGAAACCCGCUCGGGCUGCGCAUGGGUUCGAGCCUCGGCAAGAAAGCCCCCGAGCUGCCGAGCUCCAAGGCGAAUCGCGGCAAGUGAAGGGCCUCGUAUAUUCUUAACUCUCGGAUUAUUUAUUGUGUCGCACCGUCGAGGCGACUGCUGUUAUUACCGACGCUUCGCUUUAUUAUAUGUACUAUCCUCGAACGAGAAGGCAGUGAAAAAUGUCAGAUGCAUUACGCGCCACGAGGAGCGUAUCCGUGGCGGAGAGAAGAUCUGUUCAGAGCUACAAUGUGAUUAAGUAUAGAUUUACUUAUUAUAGUUCUUUUAUCCCCCUUUUUUCCAUAAAUGUCCUCGUUUCUACUUACUUUGACAACGCGCCGAUAUUUGUAUGCGCGCUUUGAAUAUUAAAAAAAUAAUACAAAAACUCUGCCGA